GCAAACAUAUAAAAAAUAUACGAAAAAAACAAUCAAAACGAUCUGAUCAUUCAAGUUUUAAGUAUACUAUUUUGUGUGUCGCAUAACAAGUCUACAGGUAGCUUAAGCAACGUGCUCAGAGAGUCGUGCGUCCACCAAGACGAUUCACUUCACCUUCAGACGUUGUUUAAGAAGGUCACAUACAUUUUAUAAAAAUAAUAUAAUAUCGAUUGCGCGAGUGUUGUAUCAAGUGUGUCUUUCGUUCGUGUGUUCAACCAUCAAAAAAAAAAAAAACAGUCGAUGGCCGCAGUAGUUCAAUCGUUACAACAACAUCCAAGUAUGACUUUAGGAAAUGAAGCGAAUAAAAUGCAGCAAUAUAAAGCGACGAAUAAUUGUGUAAUUGUUACAACAAAUUACAAUAAUCAUAUGCAACAAAAGAGUGUUAUCACUACAACCGCCGGGAAACGUCCAUUAGCUGCCGCAACGAAUAUCGAACGAACAUCGGUUGUUGUUAAUAAUAAUUCGUUAAAUAUCUCAAAUAAUAAUGAUAUGUUACGCUGUAAACGGAAAAUUAAUUUUCAUAUGCCGUACGGAACACCUGGAACACAUCAUCAGCCUGCAUCGGUUGCACGACGUAAUGCAAGAGAACGCAAUCGUGUGAAACAAGUAAAUAACGGUUUUGCAACGUUACGACAACAUAUCCCUGCAUCAGUAGCUGCAGCUUUAUCCUCGUCGUCAUCGUCUGGUUCACAGAAUGGACGUGGUGCUAGUAAAAAAUUGAGUAAAGUUGAAACUUUACGAAUGGCUGUAGAAUAUAUUCGAUCGUUACAAGCAAUGAUUCAACAACAUGAAUCAGAAAUGACGGGGUCACAUUCGUCAAUGAAUACAGUUGAACAAAAUGAAUAUUACGAAGUUGCAAGUCCACAAUCAUCCAAAAAUAAUAUUUUAACGACACCACCUUGUUCAGAAUCCUCAUCAUCACCCACACCAUCAUAUAGCUCCGAAAGCUCGUUAUCCACCCCGGCUGUUGCGUACACACAAUUAAAUGUAUAUCAUCCGGAAAGUUAUGAAAAUUAUGAACCAAUGAGUCCAGAGGAUGAAGAAUUAUUAGACGUUAUUUCAUGGUGGCAACAACAAUAACGUUCCAUUCUUUUCGGAAAUGAUAUACGUACCAGUAUCCUAUUCUCAUGAUUUGAGAUUACACAAACAAAUGGCCAGUGAAAAAUGAAAUUAGUGCCUUCAUGAU